AUGUCAGUGGCCUUGCUCACUGACAUGUAUCUGUAUGGAUUUCUUGUUCCAAUUCUUCCGUUCGUGCUCGAGCAUCGAUUGGGACUUGAUGUCUCGCUUACACAGCGCAUGAGCACUGCGUUGCUAUCGCAGACCGCGCUUGUCAUGGUCGUGGCAAGUCCCCUGAUCGGGUCCCAUGCUGAUCGCUCGGGCGCGAAACGUGCCUGGUUGUUAUGGGGACUUGCGGGCGCGUUGCUGGGAUCUUUGAUAAUUGCUCUGGCGACUUCAUUGUUUGCUCUUUUUGCCGGGCGGCUUGUACAGUCUCUUGCCAGCACUGGUCUGUGGGUAGUCGGUUUUGCUACGCUGGCAGAGAACGUCCCUGCGGACCAGCUGGGCAAAAUGUAUGGGUUUGUGACCGUUGCUAUUGGCGUAGGUACAUCGGGCGGACCACUUGUUGCUGGUGUUCUGUUCGAUUUAGGCGGGUAUUGGGUUGCUUGGUCGAGUGUGCUUUUCGUUAUUGUGUUUGAUGUGAUCCUGCGAUGUCUGAUGAUAGAGCAGUCGAGUCUCCCCAAACUUACUCCUGUCGAGCAGGAACAGGAUCCAGAAAGGGAGACACUUCUGCCGCAUGAUCCCGAAGAGGGUCCCGCGGUGUUCCUUAGCGUUCCUGUCGGAUGGCUGAAGGAUCGGGUGGGGACGCGGUACCCGACCACGAUAGGGUUUGCUCUUCUGGUCCCUUUAAUGUGGAUUAUUGGUAUUCCUGGGGAUGAACGGUUUCCCUGGGCUUGCCAAGAGCAUAUUGGUCGGAUUAUAUACGGUGUUGCUGUCACGUGUAUUGGGGUUGUGAUCUGUUUGCUCAAUGGGGUGGGUAUGAUGGAAGCGACUCAAGCUGUUGAUGAGAUCCAAGCCGAAAGUCCUGGAAUCUUUGGCCCCAACGGUGGGUAUUCUAGGGCAAUAUCAAUUUCUAGUAUCAGUUGGACACUGGGAAUGUUUGUUGGGCCGAUUGUGUCCGGAUAUGGUGUCCCCCCUGUUUGA